CUGCCCCAGGGGUGCGGGAGCGAGGACCAAGUGCGGUUAGAGCGGGUGUGAGCUCAGCUGGUCGUAGAGGCCACCGGCGGCUGCAGGAGUUCGCCGAGGGACCUGGAGGCUCGUGAGCAGGGACCUGCAGUGUGGGUUAUGCUGGGGGCUCAGAUCACUGCAGACAAUUGAACAAUCAGGACAGCGCCAUGGGGGAUUCACAGGAGAAUGAAGAUAAGCUGGAAGAGUUUCUAGAGCAGAAGGAAUAUGAAGACCCUGGAUUCCCCACACUCCAGGUGGAGGAAGCAGAAGCUCAGCUCACCGAACCGACAGCCACAGACUACCACACCGCGUCGCACCGCCCCCCAGACGUCCUCGAGGUCGUCGUGGAGCUGCGGGAACUGGUGAUGGAUGAAAAGAACCAGGAGCUACAAUGGAUGGAGACAGCGCGCUGGGUGCGGCUAGAGGAGAACCUGGGGAAGGACGGGGUAUGGGGCCGCCCACACCUGUCUUACCUCACCUUCUGGAGCCUCUUGGAGCUGCAGAAAGCCUUUGCCAAGGGUACUGUCCUCCUGGACCUGCCAGAGAAAUCCCUGGCCGGGGUGGCCAGCCAGCUGCUGGACAGGUUUAUCUUCGAGGGGCAGAUCCAGCCUCAGGACCGAGAAAAUCUGUUCCGGGUCCUGCUGCUCAAACACAGCCACGCCAGAGACGUGGAGGCCCUGGGGAGUGUGAAGCCUGCAGUCCUGACACGUUCUGGGGACCCUUCACAGCCUCUGCUCCCACAGCAUCCCUCGCUGGAGACAGAGCUCUUCUGUGAACAGGGAGAGGGGAGCGCGGAAGGGCACUCGUCAUCUGGAAUGCUGGGAAGGAGUCCCCAGGACCGGGAGGCCACCCUGGUGCUGGUGGGCUGUGCCAGGUUCCUGGAGCGGCCAGUGCUGGGCUUUGUGCGACUAAAGGAGCCCAUGGAGACGGAGCAGAAGCCACAGGAGCCAGAGGGGCCGGCAGUCCCUGUGCGCUUCCUCAUCGUGUUGCUGGGACCUGAGGCCCCCAACAUCGACUACACCCAGCUGGGCCGGGCUGCUGCCGCCCUCAUGUCAGAGAGGGUGUUCCGCACUGAUGCAUACUUGGCCCAGAACAAGGAGAUGCUGGUGCAUUCCCUAGAGGGCUUCCUAGACUGCAGUCUGGUGCUGCCGCCCACGGACGCGCCCUCUGAGGAUGCCCUGCUCAGUCUGGUGCCCGUGCAGAAGGAGCUGCUGAAAAGACGCUACCUGCCCAGCUCAGCCAAGCCAGAGCCCAGCUUCCUCAAGGGCCUAGAUUUGAAUGGGGGUCUGGAGGACACCCAGGAUGACCCUCUGCAGCGGACAGGCAGGCUCUUCGGGGGACUGGUACGGGACAUCCGGCGCCGCUACCCCCGCUACUUGAGUGACAUCACAGACGCAUUGAACCCCCAGGUCCUGUCUGCCAUCAUCUUCAUCUACUUUGCCGCCCUGUCACCUGCCAUCACCUUCGGUGGCCUCCUGGGAGAAAAGACCCAUAACCUGAUGGGUGUGUCGGAACUGCUUAUCUCCACCGCGGCGCAGGGCAUCCUCUUCUCCCUGCUGGGGGCUCAGCCCCUGCUCGUGGUGGGCUUCUCAGGACCCCUGCUCGUGUUUGAGGAAGCCUUCUUCUCGUUCUGCAAGAGUAACGGCCUGGAGUACAUCGUGGGCCGCGUGUGGAUUGGCUUCUGGCUCGUCCUGCUGGUCGUGCUGGUGGUGGCCUUCGAGGGCAGCUUCCUGGUCCGCUUCAUCUCCCGCUACACCCAGGAGAUCUUCUCCUUCCUCAUCUCCCUCAUCUUCAUCUAUGAGACCUUCUCCAAGCUGGUCACGAUCUUCCAGGACCACCCACUGCUGGAGAACUAUGACCACAAUGUGACAAGAAUACCCAAACCUCAGGCGCCCCUGCCCAACACAGCCCUCCUCUCUCUUGUGCUCAUGGCUGGCACCUUCUUGUUUGCCAUGACGCUGCGCAAGUUCAAGAACAGCUCCUACUUCCCUGGCAAGCUGCGACGAGUCAUUGGGGACUUUGGGGUUCCCAUCUCUAUCCUGAUCAUGGUCAUGGUGGAUGCCUUCAUCCAGGACACCUACACCCAGAAACUCAGUGUACCUAAAGGGCUCACCGUGUCCAACACCUCGGCCCGAGGCUGGCUCAUCCACCCGCUGGGCUUAUAUAAGCCAUUUCCCAUCUGGAUGAUGUUUGCCUCCGCCCUGCCUGCCCUGCUGGUCUUCAUCCUCAUCUUCCUUGAGUCCCAGAUCACCACGUUGAUCAUCAGCAAACCGGAGCGCAAGGUGGCCAAGGGCUCUGGCUUCCACCUGGACCUGCUGCUGGUCAUGGGCAUGGGCGGGGUGGCCACCCUCUUUGGGAUGCCCUGGCUCAGUGCCACCACUGUGCGUUCUGUCACCCACGCCAACGCCCUUACGGUCAUGGGCAAGCCCAGCACCCCAGGGGCUGCAGCCCAGAUUCAGGAAGUCAAGGAACAGCGCAUCAGCGGGCUCCUGGUCUCUGUGCUCGUGGGCCUGUCCAUCCUCAUGGGGCCCAUCCUGUCCCACAUCCCCUUGGCUGUGCUCUUUGGCAUUUUCCUCUACAUGGGGGUCACAUCCCUCAGUGGCAUCCAGCUUUUUGACCGCAUCUUGCUUCUGUUCAAGCCGCGCAAGUACCACCCGGAUGUGCCCUACGCCAAGCGGGUGAGAACCUGGCGAAUGCACUUGUUCACGGGCACUCAGAUCAUCUGCCUGGUAGUGCUGUGGGUGGUGAGAAGCAUCAAAGCCAUCUCGCUGGCCCUGCCAUUCAUCCUCAUCCUCACGGUGCCCCUACGCCACUUCCUGCUGCCACUCAUCUUCCAGAACCUGGAGCUCCAGUGUCCGCUCACCCUAUGUCCUUCCUGCCCCCCCCCCGCCAGCUGGAUGCUGACAAUGUCAAGCCGAACUUCGAUGAGGAGAACGGUCAGGAUGAAUAUGAUGAGGUGGCCAUGCCUGUGUGAGGGGAGGGCCCAGGCCCCAGAGCCCUCUCCAUCGUUCCACUUCCCCACUCUCCCAGGAAAAGCAGAAGUUCAUGGGCACCCUAUGGACUCCCAGGUCCCUCCUGGGGCAGCAGUCGAGGCCCUGGGGCCACGGGUGGGGGAAGGAAAGGGUGUCUAGGAAACCUUGUAUGAAGGGUAGACUGGCUUUUCUGGAUAGAAAAGGCCAGUGGGGCCCACAGUAGGGGGAUUCGCUGUGCAGUCCCUCCUGUGGCCACACUGCCACCUGGGAGUCCCACCCUGGAAGACUUAGAUUCAAGCCCUACCUCCUCAUGACACAGACACGGGAAGUAAAGAGGAUGGGAGUUGGGUGGGGGGGAUUCAAAUUCCUGCUUUCUGUGUGACCUUGGGCAAGUCCCUGGAUCUCUCCAGCCUCUGCUUCCUCAUCUGUAAAAUGGGUAUAUUGAUAAUCACACCCACAUUACAGGAUGGUUUCUGAGGACCAAAGAUAAAUGUGAAAAAAGGGCUUCGUAAAAUCUGAAAGGACUAUUACCCAGUAGUCAUCCUUCUUCAAGCCUGCCCAGAGUCACAGAGCUCCUGAGCCACACAGCCGGGAUUUGACCUCUGAGGCCAGAGUCUACUUCAGUCACCCACCUUUCCAUGAUGCCCCUGCUGGCCCCUCUCUUCCCCCUCUCUGCUCCCACUGGGGACCCUCUUCUCUGGGGCGGAGGAAGGUGUCCUGGUGAGGGUAAGGUGCAGGUAAGGACAAAAUCAGGGCUGGGACUCAGGACUCCUAAGUGCUGCUCCCUCCCCCACGCUCUCAUUCAUUCACUCAUCCAUUCCUUCCACAAACAUUUAUCUAAGGCCCUGGGCCCCGUGGACACAGAGGUGACCGAGACAAGCCGUUGCCUUGGGGUUGGGAGUGGGGGGCAGUGUACAGUCCGUUCUUCAUUUGG